GCAGCAGCUGAGUCAGCUACAGUACACCAGGGCAGUACAUAUACAUGUAUGUCGACACUAGCCCGGGAAAUUUGAGGCGAAACUCGAAGUGAAGUCGUUUUUGUGUUAGCCCAACCAACUGACUCAUGACAAGUCUCCCCAUAAGCCACAGGAUUAGGUUUUGCAAUUUGGUUAAUAAAUGUUUCUGAGUAGACAGAAAUGCAGUCGUCAUCGGGAGCUUCACUUCUUAGCUGUAAGGAUAGGACAAGAAAGAAUGGUCAGAAUCAUGGCAAGGCAAAAGCCAGUACUUACCGGGCGAAAUCAAAAGUCGCCCAAAGAAACACAAUUAUUCCAGCAGUACAAGUAGUAACAAAGGGACAUACAAAAGCUGAGAGAAAGAGGAGGGUCACAUUAGUUGUGAAAUCUCCCCUGUCUUUGAGUAAGAAGCAACAAAGGUACAAGAAGGCCAAAAACGAACAGAGAUUUAGUAAUGACAAAUGUAAAUUUCAUAGUGCUGAAACAACAGGCCCCAAGAUGGGCAGUUUGGAAGAAAAAAGAGCAGUACACAGGGUACAUGAAAGACAGCGUCAUCAGAGCCUGAAUGAAGCUAUCAAAGAACUUGUCAAGAUACUACCCCCUGGGGAUUCCCAUAAGAGUGUGACAAAGUAUAAUGUUCUGAAGAAGGCAGAUGACUACAUUGAUUUCUUACAAUACAAAAUCGCUCAUCUGUGCCUUGAGCUCAGCAUUGAACAGGAAUUCCAUGAUGGACUGGUCAGUUUUAACGCACCAUUAAAUAUCGUAGUUGGUGGAGAACCACUGGAAAUUCCUGCAGUUACUCCUGUGAGCCCCCAAAUGCUGGAGGGUAUCCAGAAGGCUACCAAAGAUUUGUCCAUAAAUAUGACAAGGAGAAGAGCUAUUGACUCGGAUGGAAGGAUGUCCUCGCCAAGGGCCCAUCAAUUCAGGCCAAGAAAAAAGUCUCCGGAAAUGACAACCAAGACCUGCAAAGCUCAGAACACAACCUCUGGGGCUAAGGAUCAGAUUCUACAUAUGGCAUCUAAUGCAUCCCCAACCCUUCAUGCAGAAAUAUUGAGUGGUGUAACUGCAACAGCCUGCGAUAGUGGUGGUGAAGUUGUUGAUGAAUCCCAUCUUCCAUCAGAAACAAAUUUGUCAAUGGUGGCUGUGAGUCAACCGAGCCAGCUGCCAAAGCCAACCCAUUCUGUUACCUGCGUCUCACACCACCAGCCACCUAAUGAGGACAGUAGCUGGCCAAGAAAGAUUGCAUUAUCUCAAAGUUCUGCAGCUUCCACUGGCAGAGAGGAAAAGGAGACAUUACUGGAUCAUUACAUCCAUGCCAACUCCUCUCUUGGUGGAGAAUAUGCAGUUACAGCAGUAACACCUGAACCAGUUAAAGAAAUCGCUUCUUCGAGCACUGUGCCAACCCAGUCAACACCCUGCCAACAACUUCAUUCUGAGCACUCUUACUCAGCCAGAUAUGUCCCAGCAUACACUUUAUCUGGGCUCUCUAAGGACAUCAGACAACCUGGCAUACCUGUUACAGUUUCAUUCAAUUCUCAUGAACCCUCUCAAGCCUCUCCAUCUGAGACCUUAGAUGCCAAGAUGAUGACCAACAGUCUAGGAAGGCUCAGUGGCUGUGCUGAUGUUCCUUGCAUCUUCAGAUCCUCUGUGUAUACCCAGAAGCAGCCAGUCUCAUUUCCUAUCAAAAUAGUGACUUGUGAAUCAACCAUUGUCCCAAGUACAGUGGUGCAUCAGUCAACUUCUGCAACCAUUUAUUCAUCUCCAAACACUGUGACUUCCUUAGGUUGCAAGAACAGGCAUCCAUCUCGUUACAUUCCAAUUCAGCCUGCUACUAACUUGGCUAGUACCAGUGCAGCCUCAAAAACACUGCUGACCCUUCAUAGGGUGUCCUCUGAAAAUUCCUCAGUACAGAGCAAGGAAUCUACCAUCACACACACUAUUGCCCAGAAACUAGUGGUGGAUCCUAAUCACCUGAAGUUUGAGGACACAAAUAGCUCAAUGGAGUUGAUGUGGAAGGAUCAGAAUUCUGUUAUGACUCCUGCAGCAGCCUCUAGUUAUUCCAUGCGUCGCUCAUGGAUCAAUGGAUUUCAGCUCUUCACUAAAGUUAACCAUCCAAGAUUUAGAGAUAAGUGGCCAAGAUUGCAAGGAAGGGAAAUUACAAGAUUGUUGAGUCAAACAUGGAAGGAACUUCCUAAUGACUUCAAGAAGCAAUACAGCUGUAGAGCUCGUGAGUGGAACCAGUGGCACAGAUGCCAGAGAGAAGCAGCCUGCCAGACCAGCAAGGAUCAUCCAUGAACUAAUGAUGCAUUGCUAUGGACAUCAAGGUAUUAAAGGUUGACUCAAGGAGCCUUCUUACACACUAUAAUCAACAUUCUCCUCUCUAUUAGAACAAACUCAGUGUGGAUUUGUUCUUCCAUUGAAAACUUGAGUACAUAUAUCUGUUUUUCAGUUCUGUGCCAUCGAAUGAACAUUUCAGACCAUUCCUUAUUAAACCAGGGAUUCUCUUGCUCAGCCAUGUUGUUUGUUGAUUAAGGACCCACAUACCAAGUAGGCAUUUAACUUGUUUUGUCAGGCAUCUUCUUCAUUUUAUACGUUUUAUUUAUGUGUCUCAAAUUUUAAAAAGAGCAUAUUUCCACAAUCUUGCACUGCGUAAAAUUUUCUAUGUUACUCUAGCCACCUAGAAACUGGCCAGCUGCAUACCUAAGGCAUGCUGCAUGAGGGUUCAGUUGUCCCAUUUCUAAAUGUAUUCAAUUAUAUGGGGGAAAAUUAUAUGUAGGAUUUUCAGACCAGUUUCAUAUAAUGUUCAUGUUCUUCAGUACACUUUCAAAAUAGUAAAGUUUUCUUAUUUUUCUUUUUUGUUUGUACUAGGUUUUCUUUUUUCCUGGUCAUUGCACUCAGUUUAUUUCCUGCAAAACAGUUUGAUUUAAUUGUCGUACUUCAUUUACAGAUAUUCACGGAUUACACGUUCACAAUCCAUAAGUUUAAUUUCUACCGUCUUUUGAAAUUGGUUCAAGAUAGAGUCACUGAAAUGCACAGAUUUUUAUUCUGUGUGGUGCUUUCUGUAAAAGUCAAUCUGUUUCAAACUUUUAAAUGUUCAAUUUAGAUGGGAUAUGGCUUACACAAAUUUGAGUGGGUUUGCAUCUGUCUAGCACUAUAAAUGUUCUGUGUGAUAUUCCUGUCUCAUAGCCAUUGUAUCAAUAUCCUUAUAUGCAAAUGACUUUCUUAAAUUGAUUCUAGAAUCAGGGCAGGAUUUUCUCUUGUGAUUUUGUGUACAGGUGCUGCUCGUUUCAAAUUAAAAGUAACAGAUUUUAAAAAAGUGUCAGAAUUCUAACAUGAAAACAAGGUAUGCUUUUGUUUGCAUAUGAGUUUAUUUACAGGUCCUGUUUUUGUCUUUCUUUGGAAAAUUCACUUUGUUAUCUGUAAAUUUGAAUUGGAAAGUAUUUGAAUAGGAAGGAUGGGGAUGUUAACAUUGUUUGUUAUUCAGUUAAUUGAAUUCUUGAUCAACCUCUUUCCAAAGACUAUUUGAAUACACUUGUUUAUUAUAAGAAUUCUUAAUUACACUGAGGGACUAUAUCACCGACUCAAGCUUGGGGAACAUUCCUUUAAAAAUGAGCUUCAUACUAAACUGAUAAAGUGUUUGAUAAGAUUGGCCAGGAAGCUUAUAUUAUUGUUGGAGUUAACAAAACAUUUAUACAUUUUGAAUAGUGUGUUUAUUGUCCAAUUUCAGGAAAAUCGUCAAAUUAUUACCAGACCUUUUAGUUGUUUCAAAGAUAGUGACAGUGCUGAAAAUCCUGUGAUCUUUUUGACAGAAAGUGUUAUUUUUCCAAAAAGGUUCAAUUUUCAUUGAUCUGACAUUUGAGUUAUUGUUGCACUGCAGAUUUAUACAGUUGAUAUCAGUAAAUAUUGGUUUUAAAUGUCAAAGAACACAUAAACUACUGCUAUCUUAGUGCAGUGCUCAGCAGUAUUCCAUGUGGUCUUAAUGUACAGCGUACACCUGAUGAAUUUUUAAGAAAAUGUAACUAUAUUUUAAAUUCUGCAGUAGUCUAGUUAGUCUGCUCAGGCAGCGUAAUGUAAAUAGAUUCAGUGUAUUUAAGUCGUAGUGACUGUUUUUUCUAAGAACAUCAAGGUUUACAAACUAAUAGUUCCAGAGUCUGUUUGUUUUCAUCAUAUUGCAAUUGACUUGUUGAAUCAGAUCUUGAAAUGAUCGGAAAAGAAUAUUUAUUGAUCAUAAUACAGCGUAGAACAAACAUAGAACAUUUAUCAUUUUCUGCCAUUGCUUUUCUUGCCAGUCAAUCAGUGCAAUUUGUUUGUUAGUUUCCAAUGUAAAUUGUGAUUGAAAGCUCUUAAAUUUUCUAUUUGAAGCUCUAACAUUGUAGUUCUUUAAAGUGGUUGCCAUUUUCAGUCAACAAUUGGUACAUAAUGAAGGAAUGCAGGACAGUUUUCAACUGUUACCUACUCCAUGCUACUAGAAUCUAGUCCAAUUAUGGCAGGGUUUCAUGGAUUUAAACUGUUCAAAUCUGGCACUACAUCUCAUUAGCAGGUUUUAUAUCCCAACUUUAUUUUCUAGGCAGAGAUCUGCCCUUAAGUUACGGCUCAUUGGAUUUGUGUUAAGAUGCACAGAUGCCUAGGAGGUUGAACAGAGUUGAAUUAUACCGACCAUGUCUUGACCUGCCUGCAACGAACUUGCUGUAGGUUGUCAUUCAUCUGCAUGUUUUACUUUGAAUUGUCCUGUAUGUCGGCAGUGUAUAAGAUAUUGCAGUCAUGACAAAAUACCUGUUAGUGUAUUCGAAUGUUUCGAACCAUUUUCUUGUUUUCUUAAAAGCAUUCAAAAAAAUCAUUCAGAUUUUGAAAAGUCGUUUUGGAACCGCACGAACUUAAUUUUAGAGUCUUAACUUUCACUGGUUAAUCCAUAAUAACACUCUGUUGCAUUAAAAUUUCAUAAAAGUUUCUUAUUUGUUACCAGUUAUAUUUGUUGCUCUUAAUCCAUUGCAUUUACAAAAUGGUAAGUUUUCUACCAACACGUGGAAAUAAAGGACAUUGAAUGAUAAAAUCGUUGAGCAAGGUGUUUUAGCAAGCAGAACUGUACCAAGUAUCAUUACUGAAUAUUAUGUGCGUAAAAUGUCUGGAAAAGUUGGGUGUCACACUGCAUUUCUUGAACCAUAUUUAUAAGAUAAUUUGGUUUCAUCAGGGUUGUGGUAUCAGAGAAAUAAAAAUUAAUGAUGUGU